GAGUGUCAUUGGUGGAUGACCGCCGCCCUUGCUGCUGCAGCUGCCACUGCGACCAUGGCCUCCGGUAGCAGUGGCCUCACGGCCGCCCGUCUCCUGUCGCGCUCCUUCCUCCUGCAACAGAAUGGAAUUCGGCAUUGUUCCUAUACAGCUUCCCGGAAACAUCUCUAUGUUGAUAAAAAUACAAAGAUUAUUUGCCAGGGCUUCACUGGUAAGCAGGGCACCUUUCAUAGCCAGCAGGCAUUGGAAUAUGGCACCCAACUUGUUGGAGGAACCACCCCAGGGAAAGGAGGAAAGACGCACCUGGGCUUACCUGUCUUUAAUACUGUAAAGGAGGCCAAAGAACAGACAGGAGCAACAGCUUCUGUCAUUUACGUCCCUCCUCCUUUUGCUGCUGCUGCCAUUGAUGAAGCUGUUGAGGCGGAAGUGCCCUUGGUCGUGUGUAUCACUGAAGGUAUCCCACAGCAGGACAUGGUUCGGGUCAAGCACAGACUACUGCGCCAGGGAAAGACAAGGCUGAUCGGGCCAAACUGUCCUGGAGUCAUCAAUCCUGGAGAAUGUAAGAUUGGCAUCAUGCCCGGCCAUAUUCACAAGAAAGGAAGAAUUGGUAUCGUGUCCAGGUCUGGCACCCUGACUUAUGAAGCGGUUCACCAAACAACACAAGUUGGAUUGGGGCAGUCUUUGUGCAUUGGCAUUGGAGGUGAUCCUUUUAAUGGAACAGAUUUUAUUGACUGCCUUGAAGUCUUUCUGAAUGAUCCAGCCACAGAAGGCAUCAUGUUAAUUGGUGAAAUUGGUGGUAAUGCAGAAGAAAAUGCUGCAGAAUUUUUGAAGCAACAUAAUUCAGGUCCCAAAGCCAAGCCCGUGGUGUCCUUCAUUGCUGGUUUAACGGCUCCUCCUGGCAGGAGGAUGGGUCAUGCAGGAGCAAUUAUCGCUGGAGGAAAAGGUGGAGCUAAAGAGAAGAUCUCUGCCCUUCAGAAUGCAGGAGUUGUGGUCAGCAUGUCUCCUGCGCAGCUGGGCACUACCAUCUACAAGGAAUUUGAAAAGAGGAAGAUGCUCUGAAAGAAAAAAGAAAAAGUUCCCUAAGCCUGUGGAAUGAAUCAUUGUAGAAGUGUGAACCAGCAGCAGUUUGCUUCUGUUGUCUACUGAUCCUCGGCCUCUGCUCCUGUCGCUGGGCGUCCAGCACAGCAGGAAGCCAAAACAAGGUUUAGAACGCCCUACGUUGAGACAUUUUUCAUCUGUGUAACAGAGACAGCCAAUAAACCUACCAUUUGACUUGAA